GGCAUCCUCUACACCAUCUACAAUCGGGAUCUUCCUGCCCAUUCUUACCACCGCCACUGUUAACUAGCACUCAUCUACUGUGGUUGAAUCUUCUCUUGUCACUAUGGAGUCUGAUCUUUAACACACGGUCUCCUGGGCCCAUUUUAUCCAAGCAAGGCGCAUUCCAGUCCAGCGGAGUGUGUAUCUCGAUUGAGCUCUGCAAGCUUUACAUAUCCCUCGAAGACACUUGAUCCAUCGGAACAGUUCCCUACAGACAUCGGCACUUUCCACUAUGGCACCAAACCUUUACCUCUGCCUUCGGACUCUUUUCUGUCCGCAAUAUUGGUUUCAGAGAGGCGACCGUAUCAACGGCGCUAUCAGCGUCGACGAACACUGGAGUUCUCCAGUUCCCGGAACCUACAGAUAUAUACCCGGCCGUGGCUGGCAUCUCAUCCGUCGGGACGAUGCUACCUGUGACGAGAAAUCGCCGCAGCCUACAGUCUACUGCCGCAUAAUCCACCGUUACCUCCUGGAAUCGGAAAUGGAGGAAAGAUGCCGCUGGCAUACAGUCACCCGCACCGAGGGAGGAAAGCAAGAGCGGUUCCUUUUCUUCCUCCUCGAUGACGGUUAUACCUGGGUUGCCGGAUGGGACCACAAAGGCAGAUUUAUCCCUGGCCCCUACCGAAAAUGGUGUUUCGACAAGGAGUCAAUGAAGAUGCGACGCAUGAAGACUUCUGAAAGUGCUCCAUCCUCGCGAAGUGUGAGCAGGACGAACAGUCUUAUGAUGAUGGAAUGAUGAGCUGCCCUUAUAUAUUCGACUACCCGGAUUGUGUUCAGAUCUUGCUAUCCGACCGUUCCUACAUCCACUACGAAGUGCCAUUGGAGAAAUCAUGCAACUCUUCGCGAUGCCUUUGCAGACCAAAGGCAAAAUGUCAACAAUAAAACAAAAAUGUAUUAAUGCUGCGAUGAACUGGAUAUGUCCACGGAAGGAGCGGGCGCCUAUUUGUGAUAUUUUGUUCGAGCACGAUAUCUUCCUACCAACUGUGGCACUGUGUUAUUGACUUGUGAACUUGAUCAGUUUACUUUUUUCGGGUGAGGAUUUCGGUGUGA